GGCCAGCCAGCCAGACAGACCAUCUCCACCCAACACAGCUCCCUCGAAGCUUUUUUUCCUCCCCUCUUUCCCUGUCCUCAUUUCCCCCGAAGAAUACACAUACAUCCCUUAUCAUGUCACGAGCAGCCCGAGUCGAGGAGGUGUACGACUCUGACCCCGAGGAAGUGGCGCCCUCCGAUGGCCCCUCCACGGGCUUCGCCAACGACUCCAUCAUUUCUCCUGCUGGUAUUUCCACGUCUUCGAUGCCCACAAGGCCUCCCCCGGAGCCUACGCGCGAGAUUCCUAAACACUAUCAAUGUUUGUACCCUGUAUACUUCGACAAGUCCCGGUCCCGCGCUGAGGGCCGCAAGGUCGGCGCUGAACUGGCUGUGGAGAACCCAUUGGCGCGAGACAUCGUCGACGCAGUGCAAAUGAUGGGCUUGACUGUGGGCUUCGAGCCGGAGAAGCUGCAUCCCAAAGAUUGGGCCAACCCGGGUCGCGUGCGCGUGAUGCUGAAGGACGAGAGUGGGCAAUUGGUCAACCCGCAAAUCAAGAACAAGCACCAUCUAUACAUCCUUGUGGCUCAGUACCUUAAAGCUCACCCAACCACCGAAGAAUCGCCCUACCGAUUGAGAAUCAGAGGGCUGCCGGUGCCUGAGAAACUACCCGCCGCUCCCCCCGCCCCUCGCGGUUGGAAAAUCGGAAAGAUCCUUCCGAUCCACUCCCCCGCUUAUAGCGGUGGUGGUGUCAGCGAUAACCCGCUCCAGGACGCAAUGGCGGAGAUGCAGAACAUGCAGGGCAUGCCCGGUAUGCCUGAGAUACCCGGAAUGGCGAAUCUGGCGAACAUGAUGGGCGGCUUGGGGACCAUGAACACCAGCCCACCUCCCAGCAAUACGUCCAACCCAGGGCAGGCCAGUCCCGGCUCCAAGUCUUCGCUGCGCCAUAUUAGCUACGAUAACACACCUGCAUCCGCCUCCUCGUCCUCCACCGCUGCGCCGCGAGCUGGAAAGCUCGGGGCCCGUCAGAUCACGCGCAAUCGCGCCAGCUAUAGCUGUCAUACCUGUCGGAGGCGAAAGGUGAAAUGCGACAAGGUCCAUCCGAUUUGCGGCAACUGCAUCAAGAAUGAAACCGAGUGUAUCUACAAUGUAUCAGCGUCAAAGGACGCGGAGGCGCGCAAUGAGCAAGAGAAGGACGGCCACGGCGUCAAGCGGAGGAGAGGCUCAUCGCAACAGCUAAAGGAGGAAGACAUUGAUGAUCUCCAAUCGGUUUACGGCCAUCUGAGUCAAUCAGGCUCGUCGGAGCAGAGGCUCGGGUCGCAGGGGAUUGAAGCGCGGCUGGACAAACUCACCUCGAUGAUUGAGCGGCUCAGCAAGACUAAUAGCCAGGCACUGGAUCCUUCGGAGAAGCUCUUGCUGUUGCAGAACGCGGGCUUGGAAUCGUCAAAUGGGGAACCCCGCUUGGCUAACGCGGCGGCGUCGAAGGCUUCGCACUCAGCGCGCUCGGAUAGUCCGCGCCGCGUUGCGGAUUCGAGUGGUGAUGAGUUUCCAAUUCCUGCAGGUCAUGCGACGGACUUGGUAGAUCCGGUAGGGAGCCUGAAUCUGGGCCAUCUGAGUUUGGAGGAUGGGGGCCGGUCGAGAUAUGUGGGAACAACGUACUGGGCUUAUAUCUCUCAUGAGAUCAAUGAGCUCAAUCAGUUACUUAGGGUCCAGAAUCGCUCGCACAACGAGCGGGCCUCCAACGACACUUCGGUCGAGGAUACUACAACAGAAACCACUGAAGCUACACCUAACCACCAUUGGAAGCCAGCGCCAGAUGACUUAGGUGAGCUUGCAGCGGACAAGGCCUCUGGCGGGGAAAAGUUCCAAAAGUCUGUACUCUUCCCAUCAGGCGAAUCGCCCUCUGUCAAGGACAAGGUGGUUGAGCCGGAGAUGCUUGAGAACAUGCCGACGAAGCGACAGAGCCACAUCUUGUACAAAGGUUUCAUGUCCGGAAUCCACGCUAUCACUCCAGUGAUUCAUCCACCAACCAUUCACAAGCUUUACUACUCAUUCUGGGACUGGUAUGACUCCAGCAGCUACUCCGGUGACCCUUGCCCGGAUCCAUCUUUCAUCCCGUUGCUUUAUGCCAUCUGGUAUGGCGGAUCCGUCACAAUAUCCUUACGGACCAUCAAGGCUGAAUUCGGCGCAUCCUCACGGUCAACGCUAUCCAAGGCAUACAACGAUGAGGUGACCAGAUGGUUGACUAAGAUCUCUUUCCCUCGAAGUCCGUCCUUGCAAGGCCUGGCCGCUUACCUUCUGGUUCAGACGAUACUUGCCAAAGAGGAAGAGCCCCUAACGAGUAGUUUGUUCGUUAGUCUCGCCAUGAGAGUCGCUCAAACAAUGGGUUUGCAUCGCGACCCCGCAAAUUUUGGUAUUGGCCCUUGUGAAGCAGAAUAUCGUCGUCGCAUAUGGUGGCAUAUCGUCCACAUGGAUGGCGUGGUUGCCAUGUCCAGUGGACUGCCUCCCUUAGUCAGUGACGAGAAUUACUGGGAUGUGCGCGACAGUAGCGAGGUGAAGGAUACCUUACUCGGCACUCCGGAGGCUGAAAAAUAUGAACGACUAGUCAUGACUGGUCUGAGACUUCCAGACACUCCAGACGAUCCGACCAUUUGUGGCGGUCCCUCGAUGGUCAACGUAUACUAUCUGGCGGCUCGAGGAAAGUAUACGAUGGCGCGUGCUGUUCGACGAAUAUUAAAAAUUCAGUUAGGCACCAAGCCGCUAACACGGCGGGAUAUGGAAGAGCUGAGGUCGACCCUGGUUGAGCUGCAGCAAAACUUGAAUUCCAUUAUCUCUCGUAUCCCAGAGGCGGAAGCGACUGAAGUCUCUUCGGUUCCCUCAAAUCGGUCUUGGUCAACCUCCUCACUUGCUGAAAACCGCAACAAUGAUGUUGAACUUCCCGGAGAAGGCCCGAACGGCUGUCCGGAGCAAUAUCAUUCUCCAGUCCUUGUGUCUUUCCAUAAAUGGGCCAGAAUCGUGCUCUCACUCUUCAUCGACAAGGCAUUCUGUGUUGCCUAUCAGCCCUUCCUUAAGAACGCAAAGAGCCGGAUAUGGCCGGCUGCAAGACAAAGUGCUCUCCGCCAUUGUCACGGCUUCAUGGAGAAAUUCGUCUCUCUCGCAACGGACCCUGACUUCCAGCCAUUCCAAUGGAGCUGGCCCGGCAAUCACCAGCCAAUGCAUGCCACUAUGAUCAUGCUCAUUGACCUCUACGAACGACCUUAUAGUCUCGAGGCCCCUAAAUCGCGGGCCUACAUUGAUCGAAUCUUCUCUAUGACCGGUCCCGAUGGAGGCGUUGUCGGGGGUGAAGACGGCAUUUCGACGCAACGACCCUUGAAAGAUGGAGGUCGCGAGGCAUGGGAUAUGAUCCGCAGGCUGCGCCAGCAGGCCUGGCAGCGAGCAGGACUUGAUCCCCAUCGGCUGUGGUCCGAACAGGCCCAAAUCCAGGCGGGUGUGACGCCCAAUGUUGAUGAUCAUACCUCUGCCCCUGACUCGACUUCAGCUGAAGCUGCCUCCCGACGACAGCCUUCCAAGCUAUUCCAUAAUAUGGCCGAAUCUCCCCUUCGACCCAGCUCCCUCCGCUACCAACUUCCUUCCCCAUUUAACCAUUAUGAUCAAAGAUCACCAUCCCAACCAGACACCCAUCAAACGUUACCCACCAGCCCUCACCCACACCCCCGCCCUUCCUUAUCUUCCACCUCCCCCAUUGACCAGCAACACCCAAGGGAGCAUUCUUCCCCAUCGCCAAACGCCCACCCGAGCCCCUCAACCCCCUCCCCUGCCAACAUAAACCGCCUCCUCCCACCAGACCUCAACCCGACAACAACCUUCACCUUCAACCAAUCAUCGAAGCCCCCAGCACCCACGGGCGUACCUCCUCCCGCCGGACCUCCAGCUCUACCAGCCUUCCUAGUCGAUACUGCCGCCGGCUCGCCCACCACGCAGACCAUGACAGGUGUCCCCACCCCGCCGUCGAUGGUGGAUCCCAAUCUAAACUUCGACUGGGACCAGUGGGACGCCGUCUUCGGACAGCAUCUGCCUGUCGCCGACGAGCUGAUGGAGCUCGACCCGGUCACGGGCCUGGAUUUCGGGGAUCUGGGCACCGACGGCGGUAAUCGCAGUGACAGUGGCAGGGGCGGUUUAGCUGAAUUUACUUCUGGUGCAGCGUCGGAGACGCAUCAUCGGUCUGAGUGGGCGGGGUAUUGA